AUGGUAACCGGCGGAACAUCGGGUAUUGGGUUUGCCAUCGCAGAAAGAUUCCUGCAGGAAGGCGCUUCAACGAUCAUUCUCGUUAGCAGAUCUCAGGAGAGACUCACGAAAGCUGCUGAAAAGCUUUCUGUUGUGAAUGGUACGGAAGCAGCAUCAGACAAAGUCCGAUUACUUGUCGGAGAUGUAGGAGAAGUGGGGACAUGGAUGCGCGAAUUAGAGGAGGAGAUGGCCAAUGUCGAUGUACUAGUCAAUGCGGCGGGCAUAUCUAUCUCGAGUAUUCUCCCCAAAUUCGAACUAGCCGACAUCUCCCAGAUCCUUCGUACAAAUCUCGAGGGUGCGAUACUCACAUCUCGCGCGUUGCUGCGAGCCGCCAUCAGAAGCCGAAUUAGGGACCGCAAGAACACAAGCGCAGGACCCAAACCACCAUCAAAAUGCAUCAUCAAUGUCUCAUCUCUCCUCGCGCUCAAGGCUGGAACCGGUGCUGUCCCGUACGCUGCAUCUAAAGCUGGGCUUUUAGGUCUGACGCGGUCCUUGGCUGUCGAAUCCUCGGCGUCAUUGAAAGACCUGGUCAUUCGGUCGAAUGCCAUCGUGCCGGGGUAUAUCGAAACGCCCAUGAUUGAAGACUUUUCUCCGGGAGAGGCCGAUAGACUCAAGGCCAUGAUCCCGCUACAUCGGUUCGGGGAUCCGCGGGAAAUUGCUGAUGCGGCCGUUUUCCUGGCCCAGAAUGAAUACGCCAAUAACUGUGUUCUAAACCUGGAUGGAGGGUUAAGUGCUGUCUAG